GUGGGCUGUUAAGCUUCAAUAUACAUAGAGGCGAGGCGAUGGCCUUCGCUCGGACGGCAAUGGCUUCUACCCCUGUCCCUCCUCCGACCCCUUCAAGAGCACAUGCUCCAAACAAGCCGCUGAAGCUCGCAAAUUUCGAAGGGAUCCCAUCAUGGGUCACUCUAAAGGUCGCUCCUGCUUCGGUGGAAGCACAGCAGGGCCGAGUGGAGAACCUGCACUUGAUUUCGCUGUCCAGACAGGGCAAACUGGAAGAAGCUCACCGAUUCCUCCAAGAAAUGGACAACGCCGGUGUUCAAGUGACUCCCUCCGCAUACAAAUGUCUCUUCCAGAUCUGUGGACGGUCGGGAUCUCUGCCAUUCGGGAGAUUGAUCCAUAAUCGGUUGAGGACGUUACUGAAGAAAGAGAAAGAACAGCCUAUCUUCCUCGAGGACUCCGCCCUCCGGAUGUACUGUGAGUGUGGGAGUCUAUGGGAAGCUCAGAAGCUGUUCGACAGAAUGCGCGAUAGAAAUCUUCUUUCUUGGGAUAUAAUGAUAUCGGCCUAUACGAAGGAUGGUGCAAUAAACGAAGCAAUGCGGUUGUUUUCUCGCAUGCUAUUGGAGAUUGGACUUCCUGAGCAUUCUUCAAUCUAUAACAGCCUACUGAAGUCCUUAACCGAUCAUUCACUGGUAAAAAUCGGCGAGCAACUUCACUGUCUAGUGAUAAAAUGUGGGCUCGGCUCAGAUGUUUCGAUCGCUACUGGAAUUUGCAAUAUGUACAUCAAAUGUGGGUCCUUAGAGGCUGCUCGGACCGUUUUCGAUCUGAUGGCUGAGAAGAGAGAGGCAGCGGUUGCUGGGACUGGAUUAAUGGUGGACUACAUUGGAACUGAGAAAGAGAAGGAGGCUCUGGUGAUACUCGAGAAUAUGGUCUGCGAGAAUGUCGAGUUGGACGAAUUUGUUUUCUCAGCUGCCCUGAAGGCAUGCUCGAGGUUGGAAGAUUUGAAGACUGGGCAGCAGAUUCAUGGGUAUACUAUUAAGCUUGGGCUGGAAUCGGAUGUCUUAGUUGGAACUCCUCUUGUCGACUUUUACGUGAAGUGCGAGCAAUUUCAAUCGGCUUUCAGGGCAUUUGAGAAGAUAAAGGAUCCUAAUGAUGUCUCAUGGAGCACAGUGUUAUCUGGGUACUCUCGGUCGGGUAAUCUGGAGGAGUGUCUAAGGACUUUCAAUUCUUUAAGGACCAAAGAUGGGGCUUUGAAUCCUUCCAUUUACACUAUCGUCUUUCAAGCAUGCUCCGUGGCUGUAGACCUCAGUCUAGGAGCCCAAGCACACGCGGAUGCGAUUAAGAGAGGUCUUGUUUCACCCUUACUCGGAGAGAGCGCACUUAUCACCAUGUACGCAAAAUGUGGAAAACUCGACUGUGCUUGUCGGGUUUUUGAAUCGAUAAAUAAGCCCGAUACUGUUGCUUGGACUGCUAUGAUAUCAGGGCAUGCUUAUCAUGGAAAUGCUCAUGAAGCUCUCAAGCUCUUCACAAGGAUGUUAGAUUACGGAGUGAGGCCGAAUGGAGUUACCUUCGUUGCGUUACUCACUGCUUGCAGCCACUCGAAUAUGGUUGCAGAGGCCAAGUGUUACUUGGACCGCAUGGCUAAAGAUUACGGUGUGACUCCCACUACCGAUCAUUACAGUUGCAUGGUCGAUGUUUACUCGCGUGCUGGACUAUUAGAUGAGGCAUUUGAGUUGAUAAAGAGUGGCAAAUUCGAGCCUGAUGCGAUGAGCUGGAAGUGUAUGUUGAGCGGGUGCUGGAAUCAUCGGAAUCUUGAGCUUGGGAAGAUAGCUGCUGUGAACCUGAUAAAAUGGGAAGCAGACGAUACUGCAGGGUACGUCCUGAUGUUUAACUUGUACGCUUCUUUCGGAAAGUGGGAAGAAGCAGCAGAAAUCAGGAGGAAAAUGGCGGAGAGGAACUUGAGGAAGGAUGUGAGCUGUAGUUGGAUCAACAUCCAGGGUAAGGUGCACCGGUUCGUAGUCGGUGAUAGGCACCAUCCCCGUACGGGGGAGAUCUACUCAAAGGUGAAGGAACUCGAUUCCUCUGCAGAGAAGAACCAAAGCAUUGGCCUUCUCACGGAGGAGGAUGUUUCUUCCUCUUUGCCAGAAAGGAAACAGCAGCUUCUCGAUCACAGCGAGAGGCUCGCAAUAGCAUUCGGCAUCAUAUCCACUUCGGGAAAUGCCCCCAUAGUGAUCUUCAAGAAUCUUCGGGCGUGCAGGGACUGCCACGAAUUUGCAAAGCAUGUGUCAUCGGUCGAAGACCGGGAAAUUGUCAUCAGAGAUACAAGUAGAUUCCAUCAUUUUAAGCAGGGGCAAUGUUCUUGUGGAGAUUAUUGGUGAAAAUUGAGCAUCAAUCUUUAGCUUCACCAUUCACAUACUGAAUUAAGGUCUAGGAGUUGGAGAUCUCGCGAGUAGCCGACGUAAUGUUAUAUACGAGAUUCCCAUUAAAAGAAAGUGUAAAGAAUAUAUGUCAACUGCAUAUAUAUACUUAUCAAAUGAUCAAUUCCGUCAAA